AUGGCCGAAGAGGUGUCUGGAAAUCGGAUGCAGACCGAUACUCUUGAACAACAACCACAACAACAAUCGACACAGGAGUUAGCGCACCCAGAAGAACCACCCGCUGCAGAGCCAGUUCCAGAACCCGAAGCUGUGUUGGAACAACCACAGCCUGCUGCGGAGCAGCUUGCAUCGGACGAUGCUCCAGGACCUUCCGACCCACCACAACAUUCGAUUCCAGAGACACCAUUAAAGACAUCGGUACCUGACGCUCCUGGUGCUGAAGGUGAUGAGGUGAGCAUCGAUAAUAACCACACCGACGACACGGCCAAUCAAACAACAAAUUCGACACAAAACGAUAUACCGGAGAAAACACCGGACAAGGUCCUCGACUUGCAGGACAAUACAGUCAAUGACACCACCGACGAUGCCCAUACUGACAUACCCGAUGAUUCCAUUUCCAAUAAGACCAACGAUGAUGCAACUGAGGAUCGGAAUUCGGAAACCGCAAAACUUGUCGAGUUUACGGAGGAUACGGCUCAUACAAAAAUAGUUACGCCAGUCGAGCCUGUUGGGUCUGCACAACCCACUGAGUCAACAGAACCUACAGAAGCAGCUGCUCCUAUAGAAUCGACUGUGUUUGAGGCCGUGGAGUCGCCUGCUCAGCCACCUAAUGACAUAGAACCCGAGCAGUCUGUGGAACAACGAGAGCCUGCACAGGCCGAGGCCACAGAACCUGCAGAGACAGGGGCAUCAAUAGAAAUUGAAAAACCUGCAGGGCCCUCUGAAAACGGCGUGGCCCAGGCCAAUCAAUUCAAGACGCAGCGCUCGCCUGUACAGCAACCUACAUUCUCCAACCGCGAACCCACUCCCAGCACUGCACCGUCUUCAUCCGUGUCACGGGCCGCGUCGUCUAUUCCACGAGCUGCUUCGCCUACAGCUGCAACUUCAAUUGAACAGGACGACGCCUCUGCAGCCAUUCAACAGCCCGUGCCUGUGUCCCCUCUGAAGCCUGUCCUGCCUCCUUCACCAUCGUCACAAGGCAGUAUCCCUUCUCAAAGGGCUGCUUCUCCUGCACAGUCGCAUGGACGACAAGCAACAUCAUCAGGGCACAGAAACAGUGGAUCUGUGCCCAAUUACGCAUCGUCAGGAUCGCUCUCGCCUAUGCAGAAACUUGCAUCUCCCGUGCAGAAGCCAGCAUAUCCCACGUAUAGGGCCCAUUCACCUAUGCCCAAGAUCCACAGUCCUCUUGCGCGCCCUUAUUAUUCUCCCAUGAUGUCCCCGCACCAAACAGCGCAUUCGCAUUCGCAAAUGGGACAUCCGAACCCGUCGAUGUUUCCCGGUGCCUAUUCGGGACUUGGGGGAGCUUUCCAGUCACCGGUUCUUAGUGCGAGUGGCUACUUGCCUCCGUACACGCAAAACGCUUACCAAGGUCAUCCUUCGAUGUUCCCGCAACAGCAGCAGCAGCUUGCACACGAUCGUCGGUUUAGUGGUUUUUCUGAGUCGAAUUUCAUGUCAUCUUCUUUUCAGAACCUGCGUGAUCUGUCUAUGAUGAACGGAAAUGGAGUUGACGGUAAAUUCAACGAUGCUAAAGGGCAUAUGCCACAGUCUGACGUCGAUGGCGAGAAUAUAUUCCUUCUCCAAAGGCUCAACGAUGCCAUCCCGGACCUGAGCCGCUUGCUUCAUGGAUACAAGACCACACAGAACAAACUCAUAGCACGUGAAUCGGAGAUCAAACAAAUGCAAACUCAAUACGAACAAUCGACAAUGCGAAAAGACUUCUACAUCGAGGCGCUACAAAACCAGAUGCGAAAAGCUGCAAACGACAAUGCGGAAGAAAUCAGCAGGUUAAAGCAUGCUGUCAACGAAGUUCGAUUGGAAUUGGGUGACCUUGACGAGAAGCACAAAGACCUACAGGAGGCUUUUGCUGUGUCGCAAAAGUCCAAUGAGGAGCUCUCACAACAAAACGCUGAGCUUGAGUGCCAGGUCGCUAAGUCGGAUAAUGGCUUGAAGGAGGAAAGAGACGCCCAUGAUAGGGAAACCGAAGCCCUCAAGCAAGAACACAAGGAAGCUCUCGCGAUACAGGAACAGGAGCUCACGCAUGCUUUUGAAAGGGUCAUGGCUGAAGAAGCUACGUCGUAUAGAGAAGCCAUGAAGGCUAUCGAGACGAAGUUGCUUGAUCAGCAAAGAGCGAUGAAAGACGAGUAUGAGGUGCAAAAACGGCAGAUGCAGGAAGCCCACGAUUCUCUCCAGGCAGACUUUGAUGCGAAGAAUGCGGAACUGGAGUCGACACAAACCCAGUUGUCAAACACGAAAGACGAUCUAGACACCAGGCACAAGGAAUUCGAAGAGACUCGCGAGAUUUACAUAAAUGAAAUCGAAACCAUUAAUGCCGCAUUUAGCGACAAAGAGCGGCAAUGGGAAGAGCACCGUACCGACCUCGAGGCCCAGCUCUCGCACAGGGACGAGGUAUUGGCCAACGUGGACCAGGAAAAGCAGAAACUGGAAGGCGACUGCAGUUAUAAGGAAAGUCAACUGCAGCAUGCAAUGGAUGAGAUGCGGACGACCAUGGAGAACUUGGGUAAAGAUCAUGAACGCUUGACGAAGACCCUGAACAGCCUUGGAGAGGCGACUGAUCUAAAGAGUUCCAAGGGUGAUGAAUUCUUUCUGGAAACCUUCGAUGAACUCCGCCGUUCUAUUGUUACACUGUCAAAGGAGCACUUUGCAUACCUCCCCAUCGAUCCUCCCAAGAGUGUCCUGGCGAAGGUCCCGUCAGAACUACCGUCGUUCCUCGACAACAUGCCAGCAUCACGCGAACUACGAUCCGCCUACAUCCAACAUGUGAUCUCCAAGACACUCAACUACCGCAUAUUCCAGCCCUUCCUCUUCACCCUGGGCCGCCGCUACGACAACGCAGACAUCUUCUUCCAGAUGCUGUCAAUGGACAUCCGCCGCAAGUCCGUCCGCCGCGAAGCCUUCUGGCGCCAGCAGACGCUCAAGGCGGCCUACACAGCCCCAGACGCAAAACAUUCCAUCAACAUGACAGCCUCCGUUAUAGUCGACGAGAUCGUCGACCACAUCAAACACUUUGCCGACCCGACACAGCUCGAUCCACUGGUGAUGGGCGUGCGGAAGGUCGUCAAGUUAGCUGCGGAGACUUGGCGACACGCGCGGGUUGAGCGGGGACUCAUCGUGGCCAGUCUACCGGCGCCGGACGCGGAGGGAGCCUCGAACCAGGACUGGGAGGAAUAUGGAACGGGUAAGAAGGGAGGUGGUAGUGGACAUGUGCUGCUCCGGACGUUUCCGCAGAUCACGCGCGAGGUGGCGCAUGAGGAUCUUGUGGGAGAUGAGGAGAGGGAAUCACCAUGCACCUACUCUGCGGGGAAUGUGUUAUAUUCGGAUUCUCCUAUCAUCAUGGCGCGACGGCAGGAACUGUUGGCGAGGAAGAGGAAGUCGGUGUAG